AUGGCGGAGGAGCCGAGGGGUCCCAGCUCCGACCCAGGCCCCACCGCCGCCGCUGCAGCACCGCCCAUGUCCCCAGCGCACCCCUCUGAGGUCGCGGCAGAGUCACCGCAGGCCGGGGACUAUGACAGCAAGUGUGUCUUCUGCCGCAUCGCGCGGGGGCAGGAACCGAACACGGAACUUCUGCACUGUGAGAAUGAAGACCUAGUUUGCUUCCGAGAUAUCAAGCCAGCAGCCCCUCAUCACUAUCUUGUGGUGCCAAAAACACACAUUGGAAACUGCAGAGAUCUAAAGAAAGAUCAAGUAGCACUGGUUGAGAACAUGGUAGCUGCUGGAAAAGUCAUCCUUGAAAGAAAUCAUUUCACUGACUUAAAGAAUGUGAGGAUGGGUUUCCAUAUGCCGCCGUUCUGUUCCAUUUCCCACUUACACCUUCAUGUUCUAGCACCAGUGAAUCAGCUUGGCUUUGUAUCAAAACUGAUAUAUAGAGUCAAUUCCUACUGGUUUAUAACAGCUGAUUAUUUGAUUGAAAAACUAAGAACAUGA